GAAAUUCGAUCGCGUCUCGGGCAAAAUCUUUGAACAGUUGCUAUCAGUAUCUGUAGAUUAAAAGAAUAUACAUAUAUAAAUAUUCAAAAAAACAUAAUUAUCGUCCAAGGAAACAUGGCCAAGUGGCUUUUGGGCCUUUGGUUGUUGCUCCUGGUGGUCAAUGGGCAUGAGGCAAAUGCUUAUCAUUCUGGUGGCUACCGGACGAGCGGCAGCAAUCAGGCAGAACAAGCCGGGUUAUCGGCAGGGCAUUCAGCGUACGGGAGCAGCGGGAACAUUCAAGAGCAGUCCAUCUACGAGCGACCAUCGGAGGGAGGAGUUGGAGGUGGAGCCUGUCCUCCUCAGUUCUCGGGAGUGGUGUCCUAUCCCUAUGACUGUCAUCGCUACGUGAACUGCCACAACGGCAGUCCCACCAUCCAGACAUGUGCACCCGGAACCCUUUUCAAUGCCAGAACGCUGGUGUGCGAUCAUCCCAGCAAUGUGGCAUGUGCCACGCCUGCAGGAGGAGCACAAGCAGCUGAGCCGAAUCGAUCAGCGCGUCUGAGGGAAGUGGAUACAGAGCCCAGGUGUACGCCUGGAGUGAUUGGAUUGCAGCCACAUCCGACGGAUUGUACAAAGUUUCUCAAUUGCGCCAAUGGAAAAGUUUUUGUGCAGGACUGCGGACCUGGCACGGCAUUCAGUCCAUCCGCCCUAGUUUGUGUUCACAAGAGCACCGUCGACUGUGGGGCAGAAGCGGCCGGACAAGGCUUCUCUCAAGUCUCCUCGGAAGUCCCACGCUGUCCUCCCGGUCUGCGUGGGCUCCAUCAGCAUCAUCGGGAUCCGUACAAGUAUCUGGUAUGCGGCAUCGGUGUCCAAGCGAGGGUUGAGAAAUGUCCCCCUGGGCAGAACUUCGAUGCCCACAGAUUGGUAUGUGUUUUUUCAGCUUCCUCUUCCUCCCAGUCGUCCUCUUCUACUUUCAAUUCUUCCGAGCUUCAUGUCAGCGAUAUACUGUGUCCUACCGGAGCGAAUGGUCUUUUUGUUCAUCCCUUCGAUCAGACCAAGUUCCUCAAUUGUAAGGACGGAAAGGUGGCCGUUCAGGGCUGUCAGUCCGGAAAUGUGUUUAGCAUAUCGAAGGGGUAUUGUCAUCUGAAAUCUCAGUUGAUCCUCAAUGACUACGUCACUUAUACUAUCUCUGAGAUCAGCUACGAGUUUUCUCUGAUACUAACUGCAUGUCCUAACGGACUAGAAGGCCUCCAUCUCUAUCCUUAUGAUGCUGGGAAAUAUGUCCGAUGCUUCGCUAGUGGCCAAAUGUCCAUCCUCGAGUGUGGGCCGCAGAAUGCUUUCAGUCUGUCGCAAAGAGAUUGUCGGCCGCGUCCUCAAGUCCGCAGUGGAGAUCGGGUCAGGUUCUGGGAGGAAAUAGAAGUUCAGACGACCACUACUGUCAGUUAUCUAGACAGUCAUGGGCCAACAGUUCUGUCCUCGCUCAGAUCUUGUCCCCUCAACCUUCAAGGCAACUAUCCAUAUCCCUUCCAUGCGGGUCACUUUGUAAAGUGCCAAAAUGGGCUUCUCCAGGUAGAAUGUUGUCCAUCUGGCUUCGUUUUCAGUCUCUCCAAACGCGCGUGUGCGGCUCGUCAUCUCCUCUCUGCGCAUGAAUACCUGGAUUAUUCCUACCUCAGCGUUGAGUUCUCCACUGAAUUUAUGCAUGAUUUCACAGCUGUUGCAUGUCCUCCGCAGAGCAGGGGAUAUUAUCUGCAUCCCUUCGACUGUACCAAGUAUCUGAAGUGCCUCGAUCAGCAGACUGCCAUCGAAAGCUGCCAGCACGGCCUGGUGUUCAGCAUCUCCCUGCAGAGAUGUGUUUCCAAGGAUCAACUGGCAGCAAACUACGACCGCGUGGAGUAUCUAUGGGAGGCGCAGCACGAACCAAGUGAAGACGGCGCAGGACGACAGUCAUAUGGAAAAAACUUGAAUGUAAACGGCUAUGCUUCAUGUCCACCGGGCGCUUUUGGACUUCAAGUCCAUCCCUUCGACUGCACCAAGUUCCUGAAUUGCGCCAAUGGUCAGACCUUCGUUGAAAGCUGUGGGCCAGGAACAGCAUGGAGCACUGCCAGCAGCACCUGUGAUUUUGCCUUUAAAGUGGACUGCAGUGGCAGGAGUGCUUCGACGGUCCUCAAUCCAUCAGCGCAUACUAAAACAAGUAAAACGACAGCCCACUUGAGUGGUCCAGAGCAUAUUUACGAACCCACACAGCCUUCUUCCGACCCUUCCACUGCAGUGGAGACGAAUCCAAGCGGUCUCCUGUGCCCUGCGGGAGUGGAUGGUCUCUUUGUCCAUCCCUUCGAUCAGACCAAGUUUCUCAAUUGCAAGGCCGGAAAAGUGGCCGUUCAGAGCUGCCAGCCUGGCUAUGUGUUUAGCAUAUCCAGGGGGUAUUGCCAGCUCAAGUCCCAAUUGGUGUACUCCGACUAUGUGACAUACAUUACCUCGGAGAUCAGCUACGAGUAUUCUAUGAUCCUAUCCGCUUGUCCUGGUGGCACCGACGGACUCCACCUCUAUCCCUACGAUGCUGGCAAAUAUGUCCGAUGCUCUGCUAGCAAGAUGACCAUUCUCGCCUGUGAGCAACAGAUGGCCUUCAGUCUGUCGCAGAAGGCUUGCCGGCCGCGCAGUCAGCUGAACAGUGAAGAUCGCGUCAAGUUCUUGGAGGAACUGCAGGUUCAGACUACGUACAGCUAUCAAGACAGUCAGACACUGCAAUCUCCACUCAGAUCGUGUCCACGAAAUCUCCAAGGCAACUACCCAUAUCCCUUCCAUGCGGGUCACUUUGUAAAGUGCCAAAAUGGGCUUCUCCAGGUAGAGGGUUGUCCAUCGGGUUUCGUCUUCAGUCUCUCCCAACGCGAGUGCGCGGCGCGUCAUCUCCUCUCUACCCAUGACUUCCUGGAUUACGUAUAUCUCAGUGGCCAAUUCUUGACGGACUUCAUGCAGGACCUCACAAUGAUCACGUGUCCUCCCCGAAGCCAGGGCUAUUAUUUGCAUCCCUUUGACUGCACCAAGUAUGUAAUCUGCUGGGAUCAGCAGACCGCCAUCGAGAGCUGCAAGCAGGGUGAGGUCUUCAGCAUCUCACAGCAGAUCUGCGUGGCCAGGGACAAGGUAACGGCGUCCUACGAUCGCGUCGAGUAUCUGGGCGAGACACAGCAUGAAUUGAGCGAAGAGGCCGAAUCAGAACAGCCCUUGCCGGGAAGGGGCUUCCCACAUGACGGAGGAUAUCAGCCACAACAUUCAGGACUUCCACUUGACGGAAGGUACCAGCCACAACGAUAUGUACCUGGAUUUGGCGGAGGAAAUCAGCCAUCGCUGGGGAGCAUCAUUCCACAGGCUGCAGGAUAUCCGCCACAAGCACAACCAACUGGACCUGCCUUUGACGGAGGAUACCAGCAAUCGCAGGGCAGGGGCUUCCCACAAGAAGGAGGCUACCAGCCAGCGCCUGCUGCUUUGAUGUGUCCGCCCAGAGUGACCGGCCUGUUCCCAAAUCCCUUCGAUGCCAUGGGCUAUCUUCAUUGCAUGGAGGGUCACACUCUGACACGGAGAUGUUCGACCACCGAUGUCUUCAGCAUUUCUCGCGGCUUUUGCGUGCCCAAUCAGCAAGUGGCCAGCGGGGAUCGCAUACCGUAUAACCAGCAGAGGUCCGUGGAGGAGGAUGCCUUUGUGAGAUGUCCCACGGGGGCCAGUGGGAACUUUGUCUAUCCUUUCGACUGCGCGAAAUUCCUGAGCUGCGGGCCAAACGGAAUGAUCCUGACGAGCUGUCCGGCAGACCAAUAUUUCAGUGUACGCCGUGGUCUGUGCCAGCCCAAGGAGCAAGUGAUGCGUGAGGAUCGCCUCUACACGAACAGCGAGCUACUGAUCAUCUACGAGUGGACGCAGCAAAUGAAAGCCGAGGGAGUAAAAACCGUCUGUCCCGUGGGAGUCAGUGGAUCCCUGCCACAUCCGAGGAUUUCCAGCAAGUUCAUCAGAUGCCAGCCGGGCCUGGCCGAAAUCUACGACUGCCCGAGUGGACAGAUUUUUAGUAUUUCCCGUCGAUUGUGUGGGCCGGACGCAGAGAUGCCAAGCCACGAUCGCUGCGAUUAUAUCGUGGGGGGGGAAGGGGAAGCCUCUUAUGGGUGGAGGGAUCAGCUUAAUGACAAUCGCCAGUCAAAAUCCUACGAGACAGCCGGCCAGGAUCAGUGGGGAAACCGGUAUGUGGCCAGGACAACGACCACAGUGGUUGGCGACGGCGAUCGCUGGAGGGAUAUGAAUAUGCAGCGCCCUCCUGGCAUCGGCUUCCAGCACAGUCCACAGUAUCAUGCCAAUCCUUCGCAGGGUUGGUCCGGUCAGGGCAGCUCCUACGACCAUCGAUCCCCCACCCAGAGUGUGCUCUAUGUGGAGGGAUCCCUUCAGCUCAACCGUAAUUAUCCUACAUCUAAGACUCCUCUGGCACCCAUGGUGCCCAGCGCUCCUCUGGCCACCAUGGCACCCACCACUCCUGGUCAGGUGUUCUACGCCGAACGUGUUGAGAAGGAAGCAACCCCGCGAGGACAGCCUCCAGGAUCUAUUGAUACAACGGGUUACAACUUCAGCCCCAGUGUCGAACACGGCUCACCGACCAACAGAUGGCAGCCCAUUCCCCCAAAACAAACACCAUCAAUGCCUCCACUUGCUCCUCUUGGUGGACAACAACCCCUAGAACUUGAUUAUAAGCCGGACAAUCCACCGACUUACAAUCAGUAUCAGCCUAGUGGAAGGGAAUCCCAUUUCAGAGCUCAUUUAGCAGAGCAGCGACCUUUUGAAAGGGAACACCCAUCCGGAACCCCCUUAGGAGGACAGCAACCAAUCGAUUUGGGUUACAGUCCCGAAUCUUUUCCCAAUCAACAGAAAACCCAAGAUCCUCAGACCUAUCCGAGACUACCCAGUCAGGGAUUGCUUCCACCUAAUCACGAUUCUGAUCAGCUGCCUAGUGAAUCACAUCAGAUAGGAACCCGUUUCAAUCCAAGUGCCUCUCUGCAGCCCCAUUUACCCAGCCCCAAUGAGAGGCCCAGCUAUCGGGGAGCUCCUUCCGAUGAAUCGAAUCUUUAUGGGGGACUACUGCCGCCCAACCCCAGUCCCCCUAUACCCACGCAGUUACCCACAACAAAGACGCCCUCGAAGCUGCACACGUAUCCCAUUUAUCCGCACAUAGGCAAUGCGUCGGUGCCACAGAGUGCCAGUCAUCCGCACUACAGUCCCUCGUAUGCGGGCAUAUCCCAUUCGCGUAAUGCCUCCUGGGCCAAGGGGUCAGUGAUAACCAGUACGACGACAGCUCGAACUGACGACUCCGACGAUCUGCUCGUUGCUGAAGACAAUUUUGAAUAUGAGGAGAUAGAUUUACCAACAGAGGCGACUACAAGCGAGAGAAGUGGGCUGGCGCCGCCUCCCUUUAAUCAUCAGUUUUAUAGUCCUCCCAAGAGUCUUUCCUCGCAAGCCUCCACACCGGCUGAUCCAGUCUCCCAACUGGCCAUCAGUGAGGCUCUGAAGCUUAUGCUACGUCCUUACUUCAAUCACAGUGGCAAUGCCCAGGAGAGACAGGCCAAGCAGGCAGAAUCGGCGAUAGUCUCUGUGAUUAGCAAACCUUUAACGAGCACUAGCCCUACAACGACUACGAGCACUACAACAAUAACUUCAAUACCUGAAAGAAUAGCUACCACAACACCCAAUCCAGACGAUGACGCCGAACUGAUUAAAGCCGGGGAACAGGAGAGCUUGGACCUAACUGACGACUACUCUGUUUUUCCAGAUGCCGGGGAAACGGCCCGAACCGAGCAGACCAUAGAUCCCACCACGUACCAAUCCCCGACUGACUUCCAUCGGAGCACCCGCAGAGCGGAAAUCGAAACAACCACAAUCAAUUGGCACGCGUCCGGUCACAGUCGUGACUUCCACAGACGCCAUCCAAAUCUCCUCGAUCCGCUCUCCCUCCAAAAACACAACCAUCCUCCCCCUAACUCUCAUCACCACAAUCCACACAGACACCACGAGCACAGCCCCGAUUUCCAUCGUCGUCAUCCGGAGAUGCCCAAUCCGUUCCCUAAAAAGGAAACCUUACCCGAAUGGGAACUCCCCGAACAUCAGCAGCCGGAGAAGGAGACCGACUGGAAGCUGAUGACCAAUCCGAAUGCCGAGUCUGUCACAUCCAGAAUAGAUGUGCGAAGCUCCUUCAAUGAAACCUGCGAAUUCGAUUGCCAGAACGGAAUCUGCGUGCCGCAGGACUCUGUCUGUGAUGGCUUUAACCACUGUGGAAAUCGUCUAGACGAGAGCAACUGCAAUCACUUGGGCUACGAGGUGCGUCUGACCGGCGGAGAGAUGCCGCACAUGGGUCGGAUAUCAGUCAAAAUCAAUGGCCAGUGGGGCUAUGUGUGCGAUGACAAGUUCGGACUAAGGGACGCCGAUGUGGUGUGCCGGGAGCUGGGCUACAAGUUGGGUGCCCAAGAGGUCCGCGGUAGCUCCUUUUAUGCUCCUGCCGAUCAGAACUUCAACUACGCCAUGGACGAGGUCGAGUGCCAGGGCAACGAAACGAUGCUGAAGGAUUGCCACUUCAAGGGCUGGGGCGUCCACAAUUGUGGAGUCGAUGAGGUGGCCGGCGUUGCCUGCAAGGUCCCCAUGAUGAAGUGUCCGAACAACUACUGGCUCUGUCAGACCUCCAAGGAGUGCAUACCGCCAGCCUUCGUUUGCGACCAUACUGCGGACUGUGCAGAUAAGUCGGACGAAAGCCCGACCGUUUGUCAGGCUCCUGUUGAGUAUCGUUUGGAGGGAGGUCGCAGCUCCAAUGAAGGCCGACUGGAAGUCAAAUACCAUGGCGUGUGGGGUAGCGUGUGCGAUGAUGACUUCAACUUAAAGUCUGCCCAGGUGGCAUGCAAUUCCUUGGGCUACUAUGGACCAGCGAAACUGGAGAAUAACAUCUUUGGCCAUGGAAACGGACCCAUUUGGCUGGAUCAGGUGAUGUGCUUUGGCAAUGAGAGCAGCAUCGACAAAUGCAGCCACUGGAACUGGGGCGACCACAACUGCAAUCACACCGAGGAUGUGGCCCUGCAUUGCUCGGCAGGACCACCUCCUCGAUCAGCAAGCCGCCUCAAAGCGCUGAAGCAGGGUGAAUCAGAGAAAAGUGCAGCCCUGUCCUACUCCGACAUUGGCCUGUGGGAGCGGUCCAGCCGUGCCAUGCGCUCUCCUCGCCGCUGUGGAAUCUUCAAGGACGAUUUGUCGGAUGAGUAUGCUCAUAGCGGGGAGCGUGUGGUGAAGGGAAAGACAGCGCGUCGGGGUCGUCAUCCGUGGCAGGCCACCAUUCGAACACGAGGACGUGGCGGUAUCUCCAGUCACUGGUGCGGGGCCGUGGUGAUCUCCAAGCGCCAUCUACUCACAGCCGCCCACUGUCUCUAUGGCAACGCAAAGGAUGCAUACUUUGUGCGGGUGGGAGAUCACUAUGCCAACAUUGCCGAGUCCUCCGAGGUGGACACUUUCAUUGAGAAGUGGUACACGCACGAGAAGUUCCGCGACGGCACUCACAUGAACAACGACAUCGCUGUGGUGGUGCUGAAGCGUCCCCUGAAGUUCAGCGACUAUGUCCAGCCGAUCUGUCUGCCGGACAAGAAUGUGGUUUUCCAAGGCAAUCGAAAUUGCACAAUUUCCGGCUGGGGCUCUAUCAAAUCUGGAGUUUCCACUCCUUCUCAAGUACUGAGAUCUGCGGAGCUGCCCAUUUUGCCAGAUGAAACCUGCAAGCAAUCGAAAGUCUAUGGCUCAGCCAUGUCCGAAGGUAUGUUCUGUGCUGGUUCUAUGGACGAGAGUGUAGAUGCCUGCGAGGGCGACUCUGGCGGUCCGCUCGUCUGUUCUGAUGAUGAUGGUGAAACCUUGUAUGGCCUCAUAUCGUGGGGCCAGCACUGCGGCUACAUAAAUAGACCAGGUGUCUAUGUCCGUGUGAACCAUUAUAUCGAUUGGAUCUACGAGAAGAUCAAUGAGAGCUUGUUGCGAUUUUAGAGGAGAACCACCUUUCGCUUACAUGACUAUUAAAUAUAUAAUACGAAUUUUGUAAUUAAUUUUUUUGAAUAUUUCUUUUAAAAAUUGUAAGUUUACGUCUCCACACAAAUUAAAUGUCGUGCACGCAGCGUACAUUAAUAGCAUAAUCAAUGCUAAUAAACGGAACCACAGCAACAGA